GAAGCACGAUGGCUGCAUUCACAUGGAUUCAAAUGUCUUCAUUACUGAUACUGAUGCUUCAGUUUAAAGGAACAACUGAACAACAUCAAACUCUUCAAACUGUCAGAGCUGGACGUGGACAUAAUGUUACUCUGCCUUGUAACACCUCGUUACAAGGUCAGCAUAACUGUAACAGUACUACCUGGAUCUUCAGUGAUUCAAGUAAAACGCCAGCAGUAUCACUCUUUGACCUUGGGCAGAUUAAAGAAGCCAAACGUAAAUCAGACAGACUGAGUCUUUCUGCAGACUGUUCUCUGGUUAUAAAGAAGGUCACAGAUCAGGAUGUUGGUCGUUACACCUGCAGACAGUUCAAAAAUGCAACAGGACCACAAGAAGGUCCAGACUCUGAGAUUCAUCUGUCUUUUAAUAACAGUGACUCUGUGUUGACAUAUGAACACUGUAGACUCACAGUUGAGUGUCUGUAUGAAGAUAAAGAGAACAUAUCCUCAGACAUGAGACAAAACAAAACACAAAGUGGCAACAACACGGGACUGAGCUUAAACCCUGCAGAUACUCAGUCUGGUCCAGGAUCCAGUCAGAACACGGCUGAUGCUGAUGAUGGUGUUUCCUACGUCUCCAUCAGUUUCACCAAGAAGUCCAAGAAUAAAUCCAGGUCCCGUGGUGAUGAUGAUGGUGACACUGUGACCUACAGCACUGUGAAAGCAUCCUCUUCACCUGCUGGAAUUUCCCCUGAUCCCAACAACCUCUACUCCACCAUCAAUUACCCAAAGAAAUAG